AUGAGUGGGAAUAAACAAAACGAAGAGGAUUGCAGUUGUUACGCGAAGUCGCGCACGCCGGCCAGUUGCGAUAUUCGCAACGUGACGCAUCCAUUGCGUUACUACGAGUUCACACAAGACGAGAUAAAAGUGUUGGAGGAAUGCGAUAAAGAGAGCUUUUACCGACGCUGUGUACCAUUUAGCACACUUUUUGCGACAAUCACAUACGCUGCCAUCAAAUACGGGUUCCUGAAUAGAAAUCCACAUUUCGGCGUAGUGCCUAAAGUAAUAAUGGCGGCCUUUUUGGGGCAUGUGUACGGGCGGUUGACAUACCUAUCAACGUGCGAUGCCAAGCUACGGGAGCUGCCCAAGAACAGCCACCUCGGCAACGUAAUGCGGCAGUACUAUCUGGAACACAACCCACCUCCAGAUCCCAACAAAAAGCGCUAA